GCAACUGCUUAGAUUAAUCGGUCGCGCAUCAUCACGCGAUGUCAAAAAAGAUAAUCCGUGGCAUUAUAGACGCGAUGACGUGCUUGACGCCGUCGCCGAAGAAGCGGAAGAGAGAAGAGAAUGAUAGCGGGGACGAGAAAAUGAAUAUGCCGCGAAAUGACAUGUUGAUUGCAGACGCUGAGGAGAAACUUGAUUCCGCGGAAAAGAAUGAAGAGAUGAUCGCGAGUUUGCCAAUCAACGGCAGCGGCAGCGGAGGGCCGGUAAGUCGCGUGGGUCGUGGAUUGGCUCUUCACAGGUCCAACUCCAGUUUGGAGCUUCCGCACAGUCCGGAUCCUGCUUCCCGGGUGCCAGAAACUCCUCUCAGGAGAGAGUAUGGAUCUCACGGGAGCAUCGACGUAGUGGCGCAGUCCAUUACAGCCGGCGAGAACUUCUUCGCUAUACUGCAGGACUUUCGACCGUCAGAGCAGCGCGGCGUCGUCGCCAGCGAUUAUCUGCGCCGUGUUCAUCAGCAGGACGGCGGCGGCCAGCCACUCGACGUCGACGAGAUCUGUCCGACUGGCGCCGGUUCCAGUCCGAAGCUACGACUGAAGCUAAACAGACUGUGGGGCGGUAAACCACCGCGGACGAUGGAGGAGACGUGCACCAGCCCGAUGGUGUCGGCCGACGUAGAGGAGCGUCAUCGGAGACGCGCGUUCGCUCACUACGACUGUCAAUCGUUGACGGCGAAUUUGGGCUACGCCGCGAAACUUCGGGGAAUUCUUUUGGCCAGGAGAAGAAACACGGCGACCGGAGCAUCCGCCGCUAGUGCUCUGAGAGCCUCCACGCCCGACGAGACUCCCGAGGAAGAUGCCGGUGAUGGAAAAGGCAACGAUCUGUUAGAGCCGUGUCCCUUCUUCCGCAACGAGAUCGGCGGCGAGGGAGAACGCGAGGUUGGCCUUACUCGUUGCUCGAAUGGCAACGGAAUUCACAGACCGCCGCUGUCCUAUGGUGUCUCCGUCUUGGAACCGCCGCCCGGAGAGACUCUAUGGAAGCACACUUGUCCGUUACAGAAACGACCCAUGCCUAUCGAGAGCGUUGACGAGGGAGCUCAUUAUUACCGACGAUAUUUCCUUGGACGAGAGCAUCAGAACUGGUUCGGUAUGGAGGAACAAUUGGGACCUGUGGCCAUCAGCAUUCGCAAAGACGUCAAUCAGUAUCGCGUGAUCGUACGUACAUCAGAGUUACUGACACUACGCGGCUCCGUGCCCGAGGAAGCUCUCGGCAUCAGGCCACAAGGCCGGCCGCCACGAGAGCUCUUGGAGUUGGUCGCGCCGGAAGUGCAGAUGGGCUGCCUGAGGCUUGGCACGCCCGCCGCUGAGGAAGCGCUGGCCAGAUUGGACGAGCAGGGAUUAUCCAGCAGGUACAAAGUCGGCGUCCUGUACUGCCGGUCCGGCCAAAGAACCGAGGAGGAGAUGUAUAACAAUCAACACGCCGGUCCAGCCUUCCUAGAAUUCUUGGACACUAUCGGCCAAAGAAUAAGACUGCGAGGAUUCGAGGGUUACAAGGCCGGACUGGAUACCAGAACCGACUCGACGGGUACGCACGCAGUAGCGGCGACGCAUCGUGGAGCGGAAGUCACCUUUCACGUGUCCACCAUGCUACCCUUCACGCCUAAUAACCGGCAACAGUUGCUGAGGAAGAGGCACAUCGGAAAUGACAUAGUCACGAUAGUUUUUCAGGAACCUGGUGCAUUACCAUUUAGUCCGCGAAGGAUACGCUCCCAAUUUCAACAUGUAUUUAUCAUUGUGCGAGCCAUAAAUCCUUGCACCGACAAUACACAGUACAGCGUGGCAGUGUCCAGGAGCAAAGAAGUACCCAUCUUCGGGCCACCUAUUCCACAGGGUGCUACGUUCGCUAAAGGAAAGACUUUUGUGGAUUUUAUUCUGGCCAAGGUCAUAAACGCCGAAAAUGCAGCUCACAGGUCUGAAAAAUUCGCCACGAUGGCCACGAGAACGAGACAAGAAUAUCUGAAGGAUCUGGCUACGAAUUAUACAACCACCACAGUUGUUGACACUGGCCAAAAAUUCUCGAUGCUCUCCUUCAGCAGCAAAAAGAAAACCACGGUACGACCGAGACUUUCCUGCGACGCAUCUCAGCGCGGCGCGAUUUGCUGGCAGGUCAUACUCGAAGAUAGUAAUCAGAACACAGAUUGUUACUUAGGUAUAAGCAUAGACACCAUCGUGCUGAUUGAAGAGCAUUCCAGGCAGAUAGUAUUUGUCGCUCCGUGCGUGAGCGUGCUCGGAUGGCAUGCUCAAACAAACAGUUUAAGAUUGUAUCAUCAUCAAGGCGAAUGCAUCACCAUACACGUACGCGGUGAUUAUGGCGAGAGGGACGAGUUAAUGGAAAUUGUGGCUCGGCUACGUGCCGUAACUCAAGGUGCACCGGCUUCGGAACUGUCGUUGAAGAGGAACAAUCUUGGACAAUUGGGCUUCCAUGUUCAACCCGACGGUGUUGUGACGCAGGUCGAAAGUAUGGGGCUGUCGUGGCAAGCGGGCCUGAGACAGGCCUCCAGGCUAGUCGAAAUUUGCAAGGUGGCCGUAUCGACCUUGAGUCACGAUCAGAUGGUCGAUUUGUUAAAGACCAGCGCCCAGGUUACCGUCACCGUAAUACCGCCAACUAAUGAUGGAAAUCCGCGAAGAGGCUGCACGUUGCAAAAUUGCCAUUAUCUGUCGAAUAAUUAUGAAGGAGAUUAUGAGAACGUGACAAGCGCAGAUAAUACGCCGAGUCAGCAAACGGCAAUGUCGCAUCAACGGCGAUACGAUCGAUCGUUCAGCCCACCGCGAUCGAGCAACAGCUCCGGGUACGGUACUGGAUCAAGCUCUAGAUCGUUCAACGAUCCGCGGUUUCCGUUGGAGGGUACAAUGACUAGCAGCAGUAGCGGACACAGUAGUACCGAUGAUCGUUGGUAUGAGCUUCUAGAACCUCAAGAUCAAGAUGGCAAUCAUCGCGCGGACGGCACACCACCUCCAUUACCAGCGCGACAAAACUAUCAAAUUGUGACACCCAGCAAGUCUGGACAGAAAAAGGACAAGUCUCAUUAUGCCAGUGCCAAACAGCUCGCGGAUAGCUCAAAACAUCGCGAACAUAAUCAUGAACACUAUACGAAAGAGAGCAAUUAUGUAUCGUCGAAAAUGAUACAAGAUAAUAAUGCGCGUCAUGAGAAUUAUCAGCGACAGCUAGACAAUGCACAUCGCGGUCAGGAACACGUGACGACGAAUUACGUGAAAUUGCAAAAAGAACGUUAUGAGAUCAAGCAAGAAAAUUUAUACGCUUCUCAGAGAGAGCUCCAUAAAAACGAUACGCAACAUCAUGGUGGCCAUCAGAAGCUAAGUGUAUCGAAUUCAUUGCCAUUGGCGCAUAAUGCUGUUUAUAGCCUACCAAAAUCAGGCAGUAACAACAAUCUCGGCAGGUAUAAUGAAUACGAACAGUCUGGCAACAAGUACGAUUACGAAACACCUACAAAAGUGGACAGAAGUUCCAAGUACGAAAUACAAGAAGAGAAAAUUGUUGAGCGACCAGCUGCCAAAUACGAGCAUGAUAUACGAGGAUGUCAUGAAAAGAGAAUUGGCUAUGAGUAUUCGGAAAAUAUUUACGAGAAGAGGAACAGCAAGUACGAUCUAGAGUUGGCUAAAUACGAGAUGGAAUGUCAGCAUGUUGGCAAUGAAAGAAAACAUAACAAUGACGGAAAUAAUGAGCACAACCGAGAAUCCACGAAAUACGAGAUGCCGCACGAUUUCAAAGUAGGCGAGAAAGUCACCUGCCUGAAGACUAGCAUAUCGGAGCGACCAGUGCACAAGGUUAACGUUGAUUACCGACAAUCAAAGGAUUUCCCGGCGAGUUUACCCCCGGAAGUUAGAAUAUCUGACGUCAAUUGUCCGGAAGUAACUGCGCUACCUAGCGAGGAUGAGCUGUCAAACGGCUCUGGCAGCGUAUCGCCCAGACUGCGACGGGCCAACAAACAUCGCGGCGGCAAUCGCACCCCGUCCAGUGGCAGCUCCAGAAAUCAAAGUCCUCGACCAAAGCCGGGCAUGAGAAACUCGCACAGAAAUUCCGCGAAUUUGACAUCCAGCACGCUACAGGAGGACCUCAUGAGACUGAUCAAUCCCGAUUAUAUCGCCGACGACAGCCAAAUAGUUAACAAUAAUCUCGUAAACAGCGUUAUGAAUCCGAAUCAAAAUUCAAAUAAAAUAAACAAUAAUAUGCUGGAGAUUCAAAACAGAUGCAGAUCAAGAGAGAAUUUGUGCGGCAAUAGCGCGUCUACCUUGAGCGUAUUGCCUGCGAAUGGACAAGAAAAUGGAAACAAUGGAUCGGAAGUGAUCCUGACGAUGGCCAGACCAGCCACAGUGAUUUCCAACGCCAGCACUGCCUCAAGCCCAGCACCAAGCGAGAAUAAAUUGUCAAAAGAAGAAAGAUUAUCGCCACGUGUUACAAAACCGCUUCAUCCAAUCUCGAAACCCCAUAGCAAUCUGACACCGAUUAAAGAUACGAAAAAUCACAACGACGCGAAUGUGGAUUGUUGGAAGAAUCAACAUGCGGAUUCCAAUAGAUCGAUGAAACAACAUCCUCAAGAAUGGUCCGAUGAUAGACUCAUCGAUGGAUGCAAUGCGAAUACGAAUUCCGUUUCGGAUUUGCAAUCUCAUCUAUCGACUCUCGAAUUAAGAAUGGUGAGAGAGACACGUUUGCGACUCUCAUUGGAGGACGAGGUGCGUCGAUUGCGCGAUGAGAAUCGACGUUUACAGGAGUCCGAAAAUCUACGACUUUCCUUGGAAGAUGAGAAUCGUCGUCUGAAGGACGAGAAUCACGCAGCUGCGCAGCAACUUCGGCGUUUCACAGAGUGGUUCUUUCAAACGAUGGAUCAUCAAUAAUCAGUAUAAGAAUAAAAUUAGGAUGUUUUAUUGUCCAAUCAAUGUUUCAAAUGUUGAAUCAUCAGAUAGCACGAUAAUCAAUAAGCUAUACUCCUUUUUUAUUUCCACUAUCAUAAAAAUUAUUUACAGAGAUCAAACUUUGCGUAUAUUCUCUUUAAUAUUCUUAAAACAUGAACUAAACGAGUUAUCUUUUCUCGAUCGUUAGAUCGAUUGCAUUUAUUUCGUCUGCAUUUUGUCGCGUUGCUCGGAUCGGGGCAUAAUUUUUGUAAGUGCAGUAUUAACUUGAACCUGGACAUGUAGAUGUUACAGAUCGAUCGGAGAUAGCCGCAAGGGAUUGCGGAUGCAUACAGUAUAAACAAAAAUAUUUUAUCAUUCGCAACUUUUCUCCCUGGGCAGUCUUUGAUAUUUUGUAUUAUAUAGAUUCGUUAGAUUUUAUUUGAUUGUAAAGUAUAUAAGUUACCAUCGUACUAUUUUCUUGACUCGAAAAUUAGUGCGUUGCAAUUAAACUAUUAUUUAGAUCAUAUUUCCCAAAACUAAUUACUGUGCAUCUGGAUUCAUCUUUAAGAGGACAGUGCACUUUAAAAUAUAUAAAUGUUUGAUUUUACGAAAACGACCAAAUGACCAAAUAUUAUUAGAAAAGCUAAGAGUUAUUACUUUAAUUCUGUAAUUUAUUAUGCCUUUUAUAUCAGUCAUCUAGAGUGUUAAUGUAGAAAUUUCGCACGUGCUAAAAUGCGAAGGACGCAAGGCGCUCACUGCGUCUGCGUUAUGAAUUCUUUCUUUUUCAUAAGUAACAUAAAACAUGAUUUCGACAUAAUGUACAAAAUGAACGUUUAUUGAAAAUCGUGAAUCGAUCAAUAAAAAGAAAUAUAUACUUCAA